AUGCAAAAAGGCCAUUUCGCGUCAGAUGCUGGUUGCAAAGCAACCGGCCUCGCAAAGCGUCAGCCAUCACAUGCCAUACCUUCCGCAAGCCUGGCUUUUUGCCUUUCCCGCAACUCCGUUUCCAGCCUUCUCUGUUCAGCCCCUUCGGUCUCCCCUUCGACCUUUGCUUCAACAGGCUUCUCUUGCAUCUGGGACAAUUUUAUCCCCACUUUGGCCGCUUCUUGCUCGACUUCACUUCGUAGACGUCGAGCCACGAAUUAUCUGCAACACGGUUUCGGUGGGCUACUCUCGCAAUUGGGCAUUUUAAUGACAACUUUGCUGCUAUUCGGAAUUGUCGCCGUCCAUGCAGAUGAUGGAGAGACGGGAUGGAGCGGCGCUUCUUCGUCCGGUUUCGUGAUUGCGCCCUCUUCAUCGCUGAGCCCAUUUACAGGCCCAACUGCGGCUCCAGACUCGUACAGGCCGCAAGACACAAUUGAGCCUUCUACAUCUUACUUGAGACCUUUUGCUACAGGCAGAUAUUCACACUAUGCCUCUAUGACAACCAACAAUGACCAGCAUCAAGUGUCCCAUAGAUCAGAUGGUCCAAUGCAAUACUCGCGUGUUGUAAGGAAAUGGUGUGGAAACGAAUUGGUAUCAGUGCUAAGGGAAGUCUGCAAAAUGCGAGGCUUUUACUCACCGGACAACUAUCUUCGCCAGAAGCGUGGUAAGCCCAUGAUUUAUGCCAAAUUAACCAAAAAUAUUGCAAUUCCUUUUAAAUUUAUGAAGAGGGUAAAUUGUACCAAAAACUUGUGA